GGCUUGGCCGUCCUGUGAUGGACCCCAGGCAGUUUGUGAUUGGUAAGGUUUCUUCCCAAAUUCCCAGAAACUCCAUGCCUCCCGGAUUGAUCCGGAAAUCCCGGGGCGGGGCUGAGGGUCACGACCCCUGGCCGGUUGCCAAGGCGGAGUUUCCCUGGCAACAGGAUGUCCCUAAAAGCAUGCCUUGGGGGGACCCCAGGGCUACAGAGUUCACAGCCACGGAAAGAAGUCAGUGGCGCUGUGGGAAAUCGAAACGGCGGAUCGACAAACCCCCAGAUCAGGGGCCCGUGUGUAAACACCUCCUCACUGAAGAAAUGAUGGCGGCUCGAUUCACCUGUCUCAGCCUGGAUAACGAUCAUGCCUACGCCUGCACGGGAUUCCCCACAGCGCCUCCACUGCAAGGGGAGAGCAGUGACACUGCUGGGCCUGCCACAGCAGCAGCAGGCACUUCCAGCUACAGGACAGCUCCCCCAGUGCCCAGGAGGAGGAAUGACAACGAGAGGUAUCCUAUGGCGCCAUCUGUAGACCGGAGGACUAGGGAGUUUCAACACUUCAGGGAAAUAGAGGAAAAACUGGAGAUGGAGGAGAGUGAGUUGAAUGACCCGAGUUCUGAUCUCACUGGCAACGCCCCCCUGAUUCUCACUGUGUCGGGGGGGGAUCUCAGACUGCCUCCCAGUCUGCCCAGUAACCUGCUGUACUCGCUCUACCCUUCUUGCUCGGAGCUGGUUUUGUGGCAGCCUCCUGGCUUCUUAAUACCAGAGGCGAUCAGGUCGCUGGGAAAGAAACUGGGUCAGAACCAGCAACCAGUCCUGGACCCAGAGACCCAGCAGAGCCAGCGGGCUGAGCCCACCGAGUCGCUGCUGCUGCAGUACCAGCACAGGCCUGCUAGGAGGCAGCAGUGCGAUGCCACGCAGACGUCAGAGAACGAUGUGGAGAUGGAGAUAUGAUACAAGAAAUAGCAUUUGUUUGAUUUUAUUACAUUUUAUUGUGUCGUUGUUAUAA